AUGCUGAGUACACGCCAAGUGAUUUCCAGUGGGCUGCAGAUGUUGGCUAACCUGGAUUCGAAAGCUGACAUGGUGACUUGGGAAGCAGUGUGUGCUGCUGUCAGCCAGUGUCAUUGCAAAAGCCGUCAGAGUGGCACUUCUUCAGAUCGGGCAGAGAUGACCUGCUGCGGUGAAGAUCAAGAAAAGCCUGUUGAGGACAAUGCCUUUGUGGUUCUGCACGGCUUCAACAGACCAGCCAAAGCCGAUAGACAAAGACAAGAGGAUGUGAAGGACUACCAGCCAUGUCUGGGGUUCAUGGACGGGCGAAAGUGCAUGGAUGGUUGGAGGGCAGAUAGAGCCACUUCAAACCUAUUUGUGUCAGUGGGCGAGAUGCCGGCAAGGGACAAAGAUGCUGCAGUGCCAUCGGGCAGCUGCCAAGUUCUCAUGUGUGAGCCGAAGUUGCGCUAUGUGCCGUGGGUCCGUGCGGUCCUUAGGGCCGAGCUGGUCGAGGAAGGCCCCAAGCGCAAGCCGGUCAAGGGCGGCAAAGCUGGAGCUGCACGUGGCCGGAGCUGUGGGGGGCGGCGUUUGAAGGAGCGCUUGCUGCCCGAAAUGGAGCACCGGCCGUCAGGGCAGCUCAGUGGACAGUCCGAUCAUCGGUUCAAUCAUCAGUCCCACUCGGGCGGAGGCAUGUUCGUGACCGUCUCCGCCGAUGGUCUGGUGGCGAAGCACGAGGCGCCCUUCGAAGACGACAUGUUCGGCGGCGUCCUGGGCGUCGAGCCGCUCCAGCAGGAGCCGCGCGGGUCCUGGAAGGAGCCGCGGGGCUUUUACUUCGAAGUGAAGGUGCAAGAAGCGGCCACAGGCCAUCCAGAUGGCUUGGCGGUGGGAGUGACCACGGAGAAUCCCGCCACGUUGAAGGAAGUGCCCGAGAUCUUGGAUGGACUGAAGCAGGCCUGGCUGGUGGGCUUCGACGGCAUCAUGUACGACGGCCACGACUUCACGGAGAUCGACUGGUAUCCGGCGGAGCUGCGCAUCGGCGACCGUGUGGGGGUCUUGAUCACUCCGAAGGGGCAGAUGCAAGUCUUCGCCACUUGGACGGAGAACCUGGGCCCGCUGGGUGUGGCUGGUCCCGAUGGCGGUUGUGAACGGCAAGUUUCGCUUGGACGGCCCAGGCAACGUGGAGACCAGACACUUGGCAAAGCAGACAUCACAGACACAGGCCGUCCGCUGUUUCUGGCUGUGGACCUGAUCGGGAACACCGAAGCCGUGGCCCUGCUACCGGAGGCCCGAUGCCCGGCCGGCGAUGGCGCGGCCGCACGCCAUGCGAGCCACCUGCACCUCGGCCGUGGGGGCUUCCACCGGCCCUCCUUGGGGCGACAGCUCCGGCUGCUGGGCGAAUGGACGGUGGAACACCUGGGCCACGAGGACUUGCAAGGCACUGCCUUGGGCGCUUUGGCCUUGGACUCGACGGCUGAGGGGCUGCGAUACUUCGAGGUCCACAUUGACGAGGUGAUCGAGGGCAAAGCAGACGGACUGGCGAUCGGCGUGACCAGUCACAGGCCCGAGGAGAUCCUGGAGCCGCCGAGCUCCUCGGACGCCCUGCGCCCCGCGUGGCUCGUAGGCUUCGAUGGCGCCGCCUGGGAUGGACAGCGCAUGGAGUGGUUCUUGAGCACCUGGGACACGCGGCAGCUCCGCGCCGGCGACGCUGUAGGUGCCUUGGUGGACGCUCAGGGCGUCCUAAGGAUCUUCGUGAACGGCACUCAAGUGGUGGCCAGGGGUCCCACCAUCCCGCUGCAAGUGCAGGCUUUGUACCCUGUGGUGGACUUGUUGGGGGCUGUGAAGCGCCUCUCUUUGCUGCCGGUGGCCACUGCCCCCACGGUGGGCGCGAAGAUCCUGUUGUCGGAGGAUGGAAGCAGUGCACAGAGGGCCACCUACGCGAGUAGCGCCUGGGAAGGCGGCUUAGUUUUUGGAGAUGGACCUUUGCCAGCGCGCGAGGCCGAUGGCGCCGUGGGCUUCUCGUUGCGUGUCACCGCGGCGGCACAGCUGGGGGAUUCGGAGGGCUUGGCUUUGGGCUUCACCACGCGACCCCCCAACGAGCUGGAGACCUUGCCCAGCACGGCGGACGAGGUCGAUCCCUCAUACCUGCUGGGCUUCGAUGGCGCGGCCUGGGAUGGCUCCGCACUGAAGUGGCAUUUCAGCCACUGGCAGCCGCAGACCCUCAAGGCCUUUGACCGAGUGGAUGUGCUCUUAGAAAAGCAUCGCCUACAAGUGGCGGUGAACGGCAGCCGUGUGGCUGCUCAACACAUGCAGGUCUCAAGCCUGCAAGGGCCUUUUUACGCCCUCCUCGACAUUGCCAGCGCUGGCAUGGGCGAGCCUUGGCCAAGGGAGGGGGCGGACGUGGGCGGUUGUGGCAGCAGUGGGCGGGCGGAGUGGAAGGAGAUCGGAUGUCCUUGGUCUGCUCUUGGGGCAUAG